AUGGCUACCUCAUCGCGAAGUAAAAAUCCCUUAUGGAAUCAUUUUAAAGUGAGUGAUGAAGAUGUUGGCAAAGCCAUCUGCAUACUUUGCAAAAAGAUUUUGUCUAGAGGAAGUAAAGACGCACACAACAUGUCAACAACAAAUUUACAAAACCAUCUGAAAAAAGUACAUUACAAUAUACAUAGCAUGAUUCUUUCUCAGAAGAAAAUUAUUAACUACGAAUCUUUACCAAAUCCAAAUGAAAAGUCUAUAAAACAAUUUUGCACUACUCGAACAAUAUGCUCAGAUAGAACAAGCUCUGCUGAAUCAGUGCAAAUCAUUACCAGCACUGCCACAGAUAAAACGCAGGGAAGCUCGUGUGUGUCUAAUAACAAAAUUGCCUUUUUUCAAAAAGCAUCGACACAGGCUCAAGCUAUUACCAAGCUUAUUGGAGAAAUGAUAUCUUUAGACUUGCAGCAAUACUGUAUUGUUGAAGAUAAAGAUUUUACCCGACUUUUAAAGAAUUUAGCUCCAAACUAUACAAUACCUAGUCGAAAGUAUUUCUCCACAAAAGUCAUUCCACUGAUGUAUGAAACCAUAAAAGCCAAAGUAAAAUAUGAGCUUGAUCAAGCAGAUUUCCUAAGUUUAACUAGUGAUGGUUGGACCUGUCAGCACACAAUUCAAUCGUAUUACAGUUUAACAGCUAGAUUUGUAACGCAUGAGUUUACAGUUAAACAUGUCAUCUUACAAGUUACACACUUCCCUGAGUCGCACACAGAGCACAAUAUAAGUAAAUUCAUAAAUGAAGCGCUACAAUCAUGGGAAAUUCACCAUGAAAAAAUUCAUGCAGUUUUAACUGAUAAUGCAGCCAAUGUAAUGGCUGCCAUUAAAGAGUCAAAUUUGGCUGUUUUUCGAGCAUUAGCAGGACAUUUCCACCACUCAUCUAGUGCUGUGGCUAAACUAAAGGAAAUUCAAAGUCAACUAAAAUUGCCAGAGCAUAACAUAAUUCAAGAUGUUUCCACAAGAUGGAAUUUGACAUACUAUAUGCUUGAAAGGUUCAUUGAGCAGAAAAAAGCUAUUACAUUGUAUUGCAUUACCAGAAGUCAAACAAAUGCAAAAAAUCCUACGGAAAAUCAAUGGCAACUUGCUGAAAUGCUUGUAUGCAUACCAAAACACUUCGAAAGUACUACAAAAGACAUGAGUAAAGAAACUGCAUGUAUAUCAGAGAUUAUACCAUUUAUCUAUGCAAUGGAAAAGUUUCUAGACUACGCUUAUAAUGUUGAUUUAAAAAUCGCGAUGAUGCUUGAUCCUCGUUUCAAGUUAAAGUUUGUUGAAGACAAGAAUCGUAAUAUGUUUAAAGAAAUACUCCAUCUAGAGUUCUACCGUUUUUGUUCCAAAUCUCAUUUAGAACAAGUAAAAGAAAUUGAAUUUGGUGUAGCAAGAGGUAGUUGA